AUGGCAGCAUCGCAGUUGGCGGCGCUGGAAGGAGAGGAGUCCGGGGCAGGGGCACCGCCCUUGACAGAGGCCAGCCCCGGCUUCCUGUAUUCUGAGGGCCAGCGGCUGGCGCUGGAGGCUCUGCUGAGCGAGGGUGUGGAGGCGUUCGAGGCCCGCAGGCAGCGCGAGGGGCUGCGGCCCUUCCUGAGCGGGGAAGAGCUCCAGAGCCUGGUGGCGGCGGCCGAGGACUGGACUGCAUCCAAGCAGCCGCCUGGCCGGGCGGCAGAGGGAGCCCCUGCCACCGAUCGGGACUCGGGCAGCCUGACCUACUGGCCAGGACAUUCAGAGGAGCUGGUGCCCACGCUGCGCCUGGGCUGGCCAGAGGACCUGGCCUGGAAGGGAAUCACCCGGGCUCAGCUGUACACUCAGCCCCCCGAAGAGGGCCACCCGCCCCUCAAGGAGCUGGUGCGCCGGGAAAUCCAGGCUGCCUGCAAGCUAGUGGCCGUGGUCAUGGACAUCUUCACUGACCCAGACCUGCUUCUGGACCUGGUAGACGCCGCCACACGUCGCUGGGUGCCUGUCUACCUGCUUCUGGACCACCAGCGGCUGCCUGCCUUCCUGACACUGGCCCAGCAGCUGGGGGUGAACCCCUGGGGCACCGAGAACCUAGAUAUCCGUGUCGUGUGGGGCUGCAGUUUCCAGAGCCGCUGGCGACGGCAGGUGAGCGGCAAUGUACGGGAGAAGUUUGUGCUGCUGGACGGCCACAGGGUCAUCUCUGGAUCCUACAGCUUCACGUGGAGUGACUCUCGUCUGCACCGUGGCCUGGUGACCCUGCUGACCGGUGAGAUUGCUGACGCCUUCAGCCGAGAGUUCCGGACACUGUACGCGGCCUCCUGGCCGCUCCCGGCCGCGCCCACCCAGCGCCCCUUCAUCAGCACCGUGGGGGGGCUGCGGCUGGCUCACAACCCCCACCGCGUGGCCCGCCGCCGCUCUGUGGCCCCCAUGUCACCGCCGCCACCCGACGGUCCACUGGCCCAACGCUUGGCCGCCUGCCGGGUGUUUGAGGGGGACAGGCAGGAGACCCCGGCCGCCCCAGGGCCGGCGCUGAGCGACGUCCUGAGGAGUGUCCAGCGCGUCCAGACCCCCAGCGGCCCCCCGGCCCGGCCCAGCCGUUCCCUGUGGGACCUGAGCCGCCUGUCCCAGCUGUCAGGCUCCAGCGACGGGGACAGCGAGUUCAAGACGUCCUGGGGCUCCAAGGACACCCCAGCGAAGGCCCUGAUGAGGCAGCGGGGCACUGGAGGGGCCCCCAGGGGUGAGACAGAGCCCCGUCCUCUGAGCCGGUCCCAGCCCUGGGGCAGCACCCUGCCCCUCCAUCCCGCAUGCCGCAUCCGCUAUCUGUCACCGACCCGAAGGAGGUUUGGUGCGGAUACUGCCUCCAAACUCCUGGAACCCCGAGGCGGCCAGCAGCCAGAUUGGGCUGCCCAGGCGGGACUCAGGGGGCAGCCGUAA